AAAUUAAUAAUUAGUUUUGGAAAAACUAUCACAUUAAACAACCAACAUGUUUAAAAUUGUAGCAGCUAUAUUUCUAACUCUGGCAAUUGGUGCCAACUGUGCCACUCUGCCCGACACCGAUCAAACUAAACCCGAUGAAAGAUGUUUUGGCGGUUUUGGCGGCGGAUUUCCCGGCGGUUUCGGAGGUUUGGGUGGUUUUGGGGGCGGAUUCCCGGGAUUUUUCGGCAAACGUGAUGUGGAGACUGAGACCCAAGAGGUGGUGGCGGAGCCCGAAGAGCGGUGCGAUAAACAAGUGGCCGAACCCGAGGUUGAGAUCACCAAAGAGGUCAAACCAGAGGAGAAGUGUUUUGGAGGUUUUGGCGGAUUUCCCGGCGGUUUCGGCGGAGGUCUGGGAGGUUUGGGCGGUUUUGGGGGCGGAUUCCCAGGAUUUUUUGGCAAACGGGACGUCGAGACUGAGGUUAAAGAGGUAGUGGCGGAACCCGAGGUAGAGAUCGCCGCAGAAGUGCAGGAUUUGGGCGAACCCGUGGCCGUUGAGGCCGAGACCGAGGCUGAGGUCAAACCCGAUGCCAAGUGUUUCGGCGGAUUUGGUGGCGGUUUCGGUGGAUUUCCCGGCGGUUUCGGCGGCGGAUUCCCCAUUGGUUUUGGCAAAUAA